ACGCUUCAUUACAAUGCACGGGCUGCGGCAAAUACUACUGCUUGAAAUGCUUAGACAUAUCACCAUUGCAAUCAGAGGAAUAUAUAACCAAAGUUGUUAAAUCAUGGCUUUGCUCAUUCUGCACUUCAGUGACUAAUCGACGACGAAGAAACGAUGGCACGCCAGUUAUGGGUGUAAACACCGUGCUGUUGACGGGCCGGGGCCCCGUGACCGGGGCCGGGGCCGGGGCCGAGGUCACACUAGAUGACUCCGUUAUGUCUUGGGACGCCACAUUAGACGAUUCAAAGUUAACUAACAACGCACACGGCACGAGUGUGUUGCAGAGUGAGUCGCUGACCACUCCUCCUAACAGGCUCCAGUCAUUGCAUAAUACUCCCUCUCAGUCUGAUCAGCACGCCGAGUUAUUAAAUAGUAUUCUGCUUAAAGUAUCGGCGCUGCAAACACAGUUUUCGGCCAUCCAAGCAAUCCAAGCAGACAUGAACCAGGUUAAAUCUGAUGUGGCGGAUUUGAAAAACGGCCUUGAAUCAAGACUGCAGGAAAUGUCAAGUCGGAUUGAGAGUAUUGAGUCUAGAGUCACUGGACUAGAGAAUUGUAAAGCGGAAGUAGAUGAGUUAAAAACCAGCGUAAAAAAUAUAGUUGCAGAAAUGCGUAGUAAUGAACAGUGGGUAAGGAGGUCCAACAUCCAGAUUAACGGAGUGCCUGAAGCCAGAGGCGAAAAUCUAUACUCAAUUUUGAACUCGCUGGCAGGGUUAAGUGGUUACCCUCUUAACGUUGCGACGGACGUCGACUUUGUGACCCGCGUUGCUGUGAAAAACGACACGGACAGUAGGAAACCAAAGCCGAUCAUUGUCAAACUACAGGCACGCUACAAAAAAGAUGAUUUUAUCUCUUCUUUGCGGAAGCUAAAGAAUUUAAAAGCUAAAGAUGUGGGAUUUACCGACAACGACUCUCGCAUAUACGUUAAUGACCACCUGUCCGGAUUCAACAAGUUCUUGCUUAAACAGGCUCAACUCAGAAAAACUCAAAAGCAGUACAAGUAUUGUUGGGUCCGGAAUUGUACGGUGAUGGUGCGGAAGACGGAUAAUUCACCGAUUCUGUACAUUACGACUGAGGAAGCGUUAAACAAAAUAACAUAAGCGUGACCCUGCCCAUGUUGUCGUUUUUGUUUAUAGGAUAUGUUCUCGGAUUAAUAUUAAUUUUUUUAUCCAUAUUGGUUGAACUAUAUUUGUAUUUCAGAAACAAAACUAUUACUUACUGUUGUUUUGUAUUUAUCAUAGUGGUGCUUUGUUUACGAGUUACGUUU